CGGGAGCCGCGGCGAGCGGCGGUGACAGCGGGCGCGGAGCCGGUGCCUGCCCUGCCCCAUGGAGCAGCGCCGAGGCAGCCGGGCCCCGCUCCGCCCGCAGCUCCGGGCCCCGCUGCGGCGGGCGGCGCGGCUCUGAGCCCCGGGCGCUGCUGCUCUGCCCUGUCCUGCCCUGCCCCGCGCCCGGCACCAUGGACGGGCUCCUGGAGCCCUUCCCCGCCGAGCGCCUCUUCCCCGGCGCCGGCUCCGGCUUCCUGGACCUGGGCGACCUCAACGAGGCGGAUUUCCUCGGCAGUGUGCAUUUCUCUGAAAACCUGGAUCACUUCUCUGAGAACAUGGAGGAUUUUUCCAAUGAACUCUUCAGCAGUUUCUUUGAUGAUCCAAUGCUGGUUGAAAAGAAUCCUCUGCUGGACAUGGACCUGGACCCUCCCACUCCUGGCAUCCAGGCAGAGCACAGCUACUCACUCAGUGGAGACUCUGCCCCCCAAAGUCCCCUCAUGCCUGUCAAGACUGAAGAUAAUGCUAAUGAUCUGGAAAGUGGAGUGUGGUCCUUAGGACACAAGCUGUGCUCCAUCAUGGUAAAGCAGGAACAGAACCUGGUCCCAGAACUUUCCGAGUCCCAGCUUGCAGCCAGUUCGGUGCCCGUGCUGAACCUCAACCCGCUGCAGAGACUACCAGCUCCUGAGGAGAAACAGCUGUUCAGUGGUCCUGGAGAAAGUCCUAAGCAGGAGAAGUUUCACUCUGUUUCUACAAAGCCUGAAAAAAUACUCCCAGCUCUGAUUAAGGCUUCUAUAGAAAUUAUUCCACCACCUGUGAUCAAAGCUGAGCCCAAGGAGGUGAACCAGCUUCUAAAUGUACCUGCAGAUGACUUGGUGCAGAUGCCUCCAACUCCCCCCAGCAGCCAUGGCAGUGACAGUGAUGGAUCCCAGAGUCCACAGUCCCUGCCUCCCUCCAGCCCAGUCCGGCCAGCUGCUCGUUCUUCUACUGCAAUCUCCUCCUCUCCUCUCCUCACAGCACCACAUAAAUUACAAGGGACUUCAGGUCCCCUGCUCUUGACCGAGGAGGAAAAACGCACCCUGAUUGCUGAGGGCUACCCCAUCCCAACCAAGUUGCCCCUGACCAAAGCAGAGGAGAAAGCACUGAAGAGGGUCAGGAGGAAAAUCAAGAACAAGAUCUCUGCUCAGGAGAGUCGCAGAAAAAAGAAGGAAUAUGUGGAGUGUCUAGAGAAAAAGGUUGAGACUUACACAUCGGAGAACAAUGAACUCUGGAAAAAAGUAGAGACCUUAGAAAAUGCAAACAGGACUCUGCUCCAGCAGUUACAGAAGCUCCAGGCUCUGGUGGCUGGGAAGGUCUCCAGACCUUAUAAAAUGGCUUCUACACAGACAGGGACCUGCCUAAUGGUGCUGGUGCUCUGCUUUGUUCUGGUCCUGGGAUCCAUGAUGCCGUGUCUCCCUGAAUUCUCCUCAGCAUCACAGACCGUGAAAGCAACCCCAGCACCAGACAUUUAUACAACCAGUAAGAUUCAGUCACGGAGCCUCCUGUUUUACGAUGAGGGUGCUGGCUCUUUAGAGGAGAGCUACAGCUCCUUCCUACCUGUGGAGCAUCCUGAUGGCUGGGAGACUGACAAGGGGCAGUCUGAGGAGAGGAGGCCUCAAGAGCGCACACUUGGCCACCUGGCAAGGACACAUGAGACAGCCAAGUACCUAAGCAAGUCCCAGCUGGAGGGUCCAGACCAGAACCAGACUGACCCAACUCUCAAUCACUUCAAAAAGCAGUUCCACGAAAGGGAGAGAAGCUCCAGUGACACAGCUGAAUAUUUGUAGCAGCUGCCGGACCUCAAGGCCUCGUCUGUCUGGAUGCAGGAUCCCCUCCUAGCUGAGUGAUUGAGAAGACUUUGUGGGAGAGGACACUGCAUUCAGAUGCUCCCAAACUGGUCUUGGGUUCAUCCCUCCCCUUCCUGCCUGUGCCCUCUUGUUAGUAUGGAACACUCUGAUGGGAGUCACAGUGACUGCCAAAAACCAGCUUAUGCCUGGCAAAGCCAGAGGAGAAAGCCCCUUCCUCUGCUGCAAGUGAACAUUUGCCCAAAGGUGUGCUUGUUCAUUUGGGUCCUGGUCAGGAGGAGAGGGACUCUCUCAACAGCCUCCCUUCUGAGGGGGCACUGCCCCAUUUUGCUUCCCUUGGUCACAUCAGAUGCAUCUGAAGGAUAGAGGAUGCCCUUGGCUUAUUGCCCCAGUGGAGAGGCUCAGGGGAUGGUAACUUUGGGGUUAGUCUGCUGGAGAGGUUGAGAUAAUUUCCUCCUCACCCCCUCAUUAAUAUGCUGCUGCCUCUUCUGAAAGAAGACCUAGUUCUUUCUUGAUCUAGUUUUCUGUCAGUGGAUGUGCACUCUUAACUUCUAAUCCUACCUGCUACAAAGAUCUGCAUGCAAACUUAGUGGGGGAGAGCUGCCAGACUGAUAAAUAGAUGUCAAAUACAGCCUGCAGCUCCUGGGAAACCAGAGCUCCAAAAGACAUGGUAUCAUUUCUCCUCCUCCUCCUCCUCCUGCCCCCCCUCCCCCCCCCGGGUCCUAGGGAACAGCAUAGACUGGCCCUGUGAUUCUCCCACUUUCCAUUCUAGAGACCACCCUAUGAGAUAGUAAGACCACAGGACAAACUAACACCUGAUAAACCCCCUUCUACUGAUUAUUGCUGGAAAGUGCCUUUUUGUGAUCCUCCAGAAAGCUCCUGGGGGUCUGUGACCAACAGACUGAGAAUCACAGGCCCAGUGGCCCCUCCCUAAGCCCAGCAAUGUGGCAAAAGCUAUUUGGGAUGAUGAAGUGGGAGUUCUCAGUAAAGGUCAUCCAAGUGAGCUUGGGACACCUUCUCAGAUGCUGGCACCAAAGUUUCCAACCUCUCGUCACCUUUAAUGCCAGGCUGUGCUGAGCUUGGUGUGUGGAAAUUGCCUCAUCUCUGUCUGUGUGCGAGAGGCCUCACUUCUAGUCUGGCCAGCCCCAUGCUCUAAAUCUCACGUUAGCUCGCAGAUGCUAGUUUUUGUCCCGGGAAAGGCCCCUCUCUAAAGAUUUGCAUGUCUCUUUGCUCUACCCAGCCUCCCCCACCCCCCAACUGCCCCUUGCUGCAAGGCUUGUUCGGGACCCUAAAGCCUAACAUCCAGUCUUGUCUAAGUUGCCCUACUUUUGUAAAUAGGAGUCACUGUAUCCCUGCUGGUUCUCUCACACCAUGCUAGAUACUUCUUUGAUUCAGUUAUCUCAACCACCUACCCAAGCCCUUCUCAACACAUUGCUGUAGCUCACUUCUUCCUCCCUCCUAGUCCCUCCCCAAGCCCUGAGAUAUUUCCAUGGUUGGGGAAGGAAGAGAGAUGGGAAGGCCCUCACUGAGCAUUCCCUUGGGGGGUUCCAAGUCAGGGGGCAGGGCAGGGUGGGGGCUGCCCUCACAUCCCUCUUUCUUCUCCCCCAUUUUUACAUUUUGUCCCUGGAGUGACUUGUACCUAAUCUGGACACAGCCAGCCACAGCCACACUCCCAUGGACACUGCUGAUGGGAUGGGGAAGAGGAAGAUCCACAGAACAACUCUGCUUCACUCAGGGUCUGUCUAGGACCCAUCAGUUGCUACAUACCACUGCACUUCCCUCUCACCACCUCACUCCAGCCCCAGCAAAAAGAACCACUGUCAGGUCCAGGCAUCCCCUCUCCUCCCAUUGCCACCCAGCUCUCCCCUUGCAUAGCCUCAGGCAUGGCCCCCAGUGACACCAUUGUACAGAGACCAAGAGCAGAAAUCGUUUGUACAUAGUGAACCUUAUUUUGUAUUAUUGCUGAUCCCUUAAGAUAUUGUAUUUUGGAGACUCUCAGAUCCUAUUUUCAAUAUUGUAUUUUAUUAAGAGUUAGAGCGGGCUUGGCCUCUAUGAACUUCCUCUCUUUUGGCAGCUCUCCUUCCCCUUGUAGCCCAGCAGCUGCCUUUUCCUUCAUUUGCCUCUCUUUUUUUGCCUCCCUUUCUUUCCCUCCUGUCUCUUGCUCUGCAGUCGCUUUGGAGAAGCAAAAUAAAAAAAAAAAAAAAAAAGAUGCAGCAUCA